CUCUCUUGCUACUUGCGUCUCAAAUCUGUCGUCACUGAGCACGCUAGUAGCAUGUUCGCAAGUUGAGGAAUAGGUUAGCUAUCGUUUUCUUAAGAAUAUUAUAAACUUGUGACUUUAAUUUAGUGUAAUAAUUUAUGCAUUAUGCCGACCAUAAACAGGAUUGCAACACCAACCCAUAAGGGUAAAAAAGCUAUAUUAAAUAAAGAACCGAAACUAAUAGAAAAUGCUAAAGAAGCUUUAUGCCUCAAAGGAAAAAAUACAUCACCAAUUGUUACUGGCAUCAUGAAAGAUUUGUAUGAUCUGAAGAAACCUAAUGCACAAAUAAUGAAACAGAAAAAUGAUAUACUACCAUUUGAAGACGUUACACCUAUUGAAAAAUUUGCAUCCAAGUAUAAUGCACCUCUCUUCAUGAUGGCUUUGCACAAUAAGAAGCGUCCACACAAUUUCAUAAUGGGAAGAAUGUAUGAGCAUACAUUAUUAGAUAUGGUGGAGUUUGGCGUGGAUAAUUACAAAGGAUUAAAAGAAUUCAAAAUUGAGAAGAUCAGUUCGGGAAUAAAACCAUUGUUGAUUUUCAAUGGUGAACUCUUUGAAACGAAUCAUGAAUAUGGCAGAAUCAAAAACUUGCUUGUCGAUAUGUUCCAAAGAGAAACGGUCAAGAAGAUUAGGUUGCAGGGUCUGGAACAUGUUUUAAGUUUUACAGCUGUUGACAAUAAAAUACUUCUGCGUAGUUAUAAAGUACUUCUCAAGAAAUCUAAUACAAGAAUACCUAGGAUAGAACUUGAGGAAAUAGGACCACGUGCCGAUUUUAUAUGUAGACGCAACAAGUUUGCUUCGGAAGAUUUAUUUAAGCAAGCUUGCAAGAGACCUAAAGCACUCAAGGAGAAGAAGAAGAAGAAUGUUUCUAAAGAUACAUUCGGAACAACAUUCGGUCGUGUACAUCUUGGAGAACAAAAGAUUAAUAAUAUUCAAACAAGAAAGAUGAAAGGUUUAAAGAAAACAUUUUCGGAAAAAAAGAUGCAGAAAAGAAAGAUUGUCGAUGAUAAUGACGACGGUGCAAAGAAACUUAAAGAAUCCACAGAUUGAUGAAUGAGGAUUUAUAGUUGAGCAAUAACAGAAGUAUGAUUUUUAUACAUUUUUA